AUGAGUGAUCGGGCUCAUAUUUUAACUUCUGACCUUAAUGAAAUAGAAGGUAUCCCAGUAAGGUAUGCAGAAAUCAUCAAGAAACAUUUCAACACUCUAUUUGAAGAAUUCCUGAAAAACAAAGAUGAGUUUGCGAAUAAACUCCAGGUUAUUUGGAUAUGGAAGCAUUUUACCACAAUAGACGAAAAGCUCUUAAAAUCUCUACCUUGGCUGAAGGCCAUUGUAAGCUUUGGAGCUGGUGUGGACCAUCUCAAUCUACCUCUGAUCUGCAGUUUUGAGGUGAAGGUGGUCAACACUCCUCAUGCGGCAGACAAUGCUACAGCUGAAAUGGGCAUGGCUUUAAUGUUGACAUCUGCUAGGAAUAUACUGGAAGGUCAGAAGAUUGAAACUUCUCCAGAUACUAAAAGUUAUACUUUUUACUGGUAUGGAGUACAAGUGACUGAGGCCACUCUUGGAAUUAUUGGAAUGGGACGGGUUGGAUACAAAGUUGCUCAAAGAGCCAAAGGAUUCGCUAUGAAAAUCCCGUAUCACAACAGGAAGAGGAGGACUGAGGAAGAAGAAAAACUGGUCGGGGCCCGUUACUGUGCAAAGAUUGAUGAUCUCCUCCAGGAGUCAGACUUUGUGAUGUUGGUAGUAAAUCUGACUCCUCAAACCUGCAAACUGAUCGGGGAAAGAGAGCUUAGUCUAAUGAAACUCACCGCCACUCUUAUCAAUAUCUACCGAGGUGGAGUAGUUGAUCAGGAUGCUUUGGUGAAAGUGCUUCAGAAUGGGGUCAAUCGUGCAGCAGCUUUGGAUGUUAUUGAUCCAGAGCCACUUCCAAGGGGUCAUCCUUUGCUAAACUUACCAAAUGUUAUUCUAACUCCUCAUAUUGGAACUGCCUCUGAGAAGACCUAUGAUAAAAUGCUGGAGAGAAUGAUUGAAAAUGCUUUGGCUGCUGUUCGUGGCCUUCCAAUUCCUGAUGAAGUGCCACCAUACGAUGGAUACAAAUAA